CACUUGCAGACCAAACUCUAGCAAACGGAACAGAACACCACGGAAGCGAACACUAACUGUAGGCAUAAUGAGUGCGACAAGUGAGCAACAGAAACAGCCGAGCUUCGACAACGCCCAGGGCGAUGCACAGCCCAGCUCGUCAGCCUCAUCACAGCCACAAGGACAACAGGAGCAAGAGCAACCGCAAACAUCACAAAAUGCACCGGCAAAGCUAUUGCAGCAUUUUCAAGCAAAUCGCAUCGACUCGGCGCUGUGGGCGCUGCGUCUGCUUGUCAUCUUCUUUACCGUUAGCUAUGUGUUGCCCAUAUUCACCUCACAACAGAGCUCGUUCAACAAGGUUCUGCUAGCGAACGCAGCCAUCUCGGCGCUGCGUUUGCAUCAGCGUGUGCCCGCCUUCUCGUUCAGUCGCGAAUUCUUGGCACGUCUAUUUGCCGAAGACUCGUGUCAUUAUAUGAUGUACUCGUUGAUCUUCUUUAGCAUUCGUCCCACUCUGCUGGUGCUCAUACCCGUUGCGCUCUACUCAGUGCUGCAUGCGGCCAGCUACUCGCUCAAGCUAUUGGAUCUGAUUGGUCAGAAUUCUUGGUGGGGCGCACGUUUCAUUAUCUCAAUUGUGGAAUUCCAGGCCGCCAAUAUACUGAAGGCUACCGCAUUCUGCGAGAUUUUCAUAAUGCCUUAUGUCAUUGUGUUAACUUUUAUGGCUCACGCUGGUUUGAUGACGCCAAUCAUCUACUAUCAUUAUCUGGUCAUGCGUUACAGCUCGCGCCGCAAUCCCUAUCCCCGCACUGCUUUUGCCGAGCUGCGCAUUACCUUUGAGGCGCUGGCCUCUCGCUCUCCGCCCGUAAUUAGCAAGAUCAUUCGUGGAGGCAUUGGAUUCGUCAGUCGCCUGGCUCCACAGCCGCAGCCAGCGCCGGCGCAGUAGAGCCGAAAACAAAAUACAAAAACAACAACAACAACAAUCAAAGGGACAAGCAAACAGCAACAAUACAUCAUAAGCUAGCUAAGUCUACUUUAAACACACAUAUGCAGCUGCACCUGCACACACACACACACACACACACACCCAUAUACAAUUGCACACACACACACACAGCUUCACAGAGUGUAGGUUCCAUUCAGUUUCAUUUCGUUUGUUUUUAUCUAAUUUACCAAAUUCGUGAUGAACAAUUUGUUCAAUAUCAAAUUUUAUAGUUUAAUUUCGACAUUUACAUUUUGUCAAGAUUGUACAAUUCGGCUUAAAUUAUUAACUGUUGUUUUAUCUACUUUAUUACUCUAUGUUGUAAUUAUUCAUGUGCAUCGUAUCGUAUUAUUAACAUUAGUUCAAAUUUUUAAAUAUGA